AAAGCCAAACGGAAACUUGUGUUCUUUGUCACUUUGCAGGCCUUGAGCUGAACUGAGCUCAACUCACUCUUCUUCUUUUCUGGGUUCUGUUUCGCUUAAAAGAACAACCAAGGAAGAUCAGCCUCAGGGAUUGCAAGGAUUAGUGCCCGGUAUGGACUGCUCUUUUCAAUUUCUGAAGCUAUUGCAUAUAGAAACCCGGAGGCGGCUUUUAGUUCUUGGGGUAGUAGCUGUUACUUAUUUAUUGUUUCAGUGGCUGUUGCUUCCCUAUGAAAAUGCUCUCCGGUCUCUAUUGCCUCAAAGUCAGGUUCUGGAUCAUGUCACAGGUAGCUCCCUCGCAAUCCAUUCUUCUGCCAAGUCUGUGAUGGUUCGCAAUCCUCUUACAGUUAAUUCUUCGGAUUUGAUCGAUGCUCCUAGAUUUGGUGGGGUGGAGAGGUAUGCUGAUAACUCUAGUCUUGGAGGAGAAAUUGUGCAUGAAAGUGAACCAAAUGAAGAGGAAGGAUUUAAGGAAAUUGAUUCAGUAUUGGAAGAGAAAGGGAUAGAUAAUGCUUUUGAACAUGCUGUAGAUGGAAAUGUAGAUAAAAAUUCUUCAUCUGGGAAUGGUGUAGAUAUUGUUGCAAGUCUAGCCAUGGUCAGCAUUAGCAAUGAAGAAAAUGGUUCUAAUCUAGUUAAGGCCGAUGAAGCUAGCGAUGACUUCCCGGAGCCAACUGUGUUAUCAAAAGAUGAAGUUUCUACAGAGAAUACUCUGGAAGAAAAUACAACUGAGGCAGCAAAGAAUUCUGAGGGCGUCAAAACUAUAUUUCCAUCCUCUCAACUCAUUUUACCCGCAACAGCUUCAUUCAUAAACCGGACCAAUGUAAGUCACUUGGUGUUCAAUGCAAGCUCUUCUGUUGGUUCUGCUUCCCUGGAAAGUGAUGUUGUGACUAUAAAAAAUGGUUCUUUGACAAUGACAAGUCCUGGGAAGAAGAUGAUGAAGUGCAACAUGCCACCAAAAUCAAUAACAUCAAUACAUGAGAUGAACCUUACACUGGUGCGGCACCAUGCUAAGCCACGUGCAUUGAGACCACGGUGGUCCUCUGUGCGUGACCAGGAUAUUCUAGCUGUGAAGUCACAGAUCCAGCAUCCUCCCAUGGUCAAAAAUGAUCGAGAACUUUAUGCCCCUCUCUUCCGCAAUGUUUCAAUGUUUAAAAGGAGUUAUGAACUUAUGGAACGCACAUUGAAAGUCUAUAUCUACAAGGAGGGAAACAAACCCAUCUUUCAUCAACCAAUACUAAAGGGGUUAUAUGCUUCUGAAGGAUGGUUCAUGAAACUGAUGGAGGGACAUAAGCGUUUUGUUGUGAAGGAUCCACGAAAGGCUCAUCUGUUUUAUAUGCCAUUCAGUUCAAGGAUGCUAGAGUUCACUUUGUAUGUUCGCAACUCUCACAACCGGACAAACCUACGCCAAUAUUUGAAAGCGUAUUCUGAAACAAUUGCAGCAAAGUAUCCUUACUGGAACAGAACUGGUGGAGCAGAUCAUUUUCUUGUUGCCUGCCAUGACUGGGCUCCAUAUGAAACUAGGCACCAUAUGGAACGUUGCAUCAAAGCCCUCUGCAAUGCUGAUGUUACUCAAGGCUUUAAAAUAGGAAGGGAUGUCUCUCUUCCAGAAACAUAUGUUCGUUCCGCAAGAAAUCCUCUUAGAGAUCUUGGAGGCAAACCUGCUUCCGAGAGGCAGGUUCUUGCCUUCUAUGCUGGAAAUAUGCAUGGCUAUCUCCGUCCAAUAUUGCUGAAGUACUGGAAGGACAAGGUCCCAGACAUGGAAAUCUUUGGUCCAAUGCCUCCUGGAGUUGCAAGCAAAAUGAACUACAUUGAGCAUAUGAAGAGCAGCAAAUACUGUAUCUGCCCCAAAGGUUAUGAGGUCAACAGUCCCCGGGUGGUUGAAGCAAUAUUCUAUGAGUGCAUUCCGGUGAUCAUAUCCGACAACUUUGUGCCGCCAUUUUUCGAGGUAUUGAAUUGGGGGGCUUUCUCUUUAAUCCUUGCAGAGAAAGACAUUCCAAACUUGAAAGACAUACUACUUUCCAUACCGGAUGAGAGGUACCUUCAGAUGCAACUAGCAGUCAAGAAAGCUCAGAAACAUUUUCUGUGGCAUCCUAAACCCCUCAAGUAUGAUCUCUUCCACAUGACACUUCAUUCAAUUUGGUACAAUAGAGUUUUUCAGAUCAAACCCAAGUAAGGUUGCCGAAGUUUCGACAUGUGCAUUGUGAAACAUCAAGAGCAGCAUAGGUGGAAAUGAGGCCUUUUUUUUCUCUCUCUCUCUUCUCCUCCUUCCCUAUGAAGUGGUUUUAAGUUGUGUGCUAGCUAGCCUACGAAAAUAACUGUAACUGCUAUAUUUUCACCUUGUAAAUUGUAGUACUUCUAAUCAAUCAGUGUUAGACUAAAAACGGCACCCGAAUCAUAGUUUUGUACAAAAAUGACACUCGGAUCGAGUACAUUGUGUGAA